AUGCCGACCUUGACUGGAUCCUGUUACUGCCGAAAGCUUGAAUACGAGCUCCGACUCGAAUCGACAGAGGAUGCACGUACAACAAUUUGCCACUGUCAAAACUGUAAAAAAGCGUUCGGAACCAACUACGGACUAACUGCCAAAGUGUCCAAGGAUGUCUUUCACUUGACCAAAGGCCAGCCGAAGGAGCAUGCCGCAGAUAAUGGGUCCGGGGUGACCAUUUAUCGCCACUUCUGCGAUACUUGUGGAAGCUUUCUUCUGGAGUUUGGGGAGAAUGCAAAGGACCAGUUCCGCUAUAUCUGCGUGGGGUCCCUUGAUGAUCCAGAAGCGCUUCCACCUAAAGGAGAGUUCUUUUGCAAGUCCCGAGCGUCAUGGAUGCCAGAAAUUCCAAAUCUCUUCCAUAAGCAAGAGAUCAAAGAAUGA